CCAGAAUGAACACUUUAAUUAAUUUAGCAUCCUAGCUGUAACGCUUUUUCCGGGCAACUCUGUGGAAGAAUACGUUGCAUCUCCAUCUCUCCCCAAAUUCAUCUCUUCCCCUCUCAUUGCUCGCCAUCGAGAGCUCUCUCUCAUAGCUCUCGAUCGAGCUUUUGAUUGUAAAAAAAUUUGUGCUUCUUCUUCUGUUUUUUCAAAGGAAGAAGCAAUUUGAUUGCCCUUUGAGUUUUUGUAUUUGGUGGAGAUUGUGUUUAUGCGAUUGUGAGGGAAGGUAGCGAAAUGGACGUCACAGCGCAGUUGAAACGGGGAAUAUCGCGGCAGUUCUCUACCGGGUCGAUGAAGAAGAGCGGCAGGUUCAGCUUCAGGCGACAGAAUUCGCUUGAUCCCCGCCGAAAUACUAUGCGUUUCAGCUUCGGCAGGCAGUCGUCGCUAGAUCCGAUACGGCGGAGUGCCUCCGAUGAUGCCGAAUUGCUCACGGUGCCGGAGAACCUCGACUCCACCAUGCAGCUGCUCUUCAUGUCUUGCCAGGGGGACGUCGAGGGAGUCAAGGAAUUGCUAGACGAAGGAAUUGAUGUCAAUAGCAUCGAUUUGGAUGGCCGAACAGCUCUGCACAUCGCGGCUUGCGAGGGGCAUGUGGAGGUGGUGAAGCUUCUGCUCAUCCGGAAGGCGAAUAUUGAUGCUCGUGAUCGAUGGGGGAGCACGGCAGCAGCUGAUGCCAAGUACUAUGGAAAUUCUGAAGUUUAUAAUAUAUUGAAGUCCCGUGGGGCCAAAGUUCCAAAAAUCAGGAAGACGCCAAUGGCUGUUGCUAAUCCCCGGGAAGUUCCAGAGUAUGAGCUCAAUCCUCUGGAGCUUCAAAUUCGCAGAAGUGAUGGUAUCAAGGGAUCAUAUCAAGUUGCUAAAUGGAAUGGCACAAAGGUUUCUGUGAAGAUUCUCGACAAGGAUUGCUAUUCAGACCCUGAAAGCAUAAAUGCUUUCAAACAUGAACUAAUGAUGCUAGAGAAAGUAAGACAUCCUAAUGUGGUUCAGUUUGUUGGUGCUGUAACUCAAAAUAUUCCAAUGAUGAUUGUUUCAGAGUAUCAUCCAAGAGGCGACCUGGGAGCCUAUCUUCAAAAGAAAGGGCGUCUAUCUGCUUCUAAAUCUUUAAGAUUUGCUCUUGAUAUCGCUAGGGGCAUGAAUUAUCUUCAUGAAUGUAAACCAGACCCAAUUAUCCAUUGUAGUUUACAGCCAAAGUGCCAGAAAUAUAUUGCUGGACGAUGGAGGCUUGUUGAAAGUUGCAGGUUUUGGUUUGCUUAGGCUGUCCAAAAUUUCACCUGACAAAGCAAAGUUGGCGCAGCCUGAUGCUUAUGACCGUUCGAGUUACUAUGUAGCACCUGAGAUUUAUAGGGAUGACAUAUUCGAUAAAAGUGUGGAUGUAUACUCUUACGCACUCAUACUUUAUGAGAUGAUGGAAGGAUGUCCUCCUUUCCAUCCAAAGCUUCCUGAAGAGGCUGCUAAGUUGUUAUGUGUAGAAGAAAAAAGACCAACAUUCAAGACAAAAUCCAAGUAUCCUCCUGACCUGAAAGAGUUGAUUGAAGAAUGUUGGGAUCCUAAACCUGCUGCUAGGCCAACAUUUUCUGAUAUCAUUGCACGGACCGAUAAGAUUGUUACAAAUUGCUCGAAACACGGAUGGUUGAAGGACACUUUUAAGCUUCCUUGGUUAUAAGGGACACGUUGAAAUAAUAUUUAUUAUCGGGUGCGUGAGAGAGGUUUUUGAUCGGAUGGUUAUUAGCUGCUAAAGAGAGAACUUUUGGAGGGCUUAUUAGUCCAAACUCCAAACUUAAUCAUGUAGAGACUGGGACGUUGCUGGCCUGGUAAUUUUGACACGUUCUGCACGAAGGCUUCACAUUGCAGAUUGCACAAGUUUAUAUUCAACGAUUGAUCAUCAACGAUGGCCUGAAGUUCAGGAUUAUGUAUCACUGAAACUUUCCUCAGUAACUUUUAGCCAGCUGAACCUCUCUCUCCAUGCACGUAUGUUUUUCAAGCUUGGUUCUUAGAAGAUUGCUUUUAGAUCGUCAGUGAACAGGAAACAUAUGUAUUAUAACUACAACAGAUAAAAGAAUGAAUGCAUACUUCCUUUUUUUGCAUGAUGGAAUAGCAUCAUUCAUUCUCUUGCAGUCUCGCGUCUUUCUUUGGAGGAUACUAUUUUUCUUAUAAAUCCAAAACUCGAAUAAACAAAGUUUGUGACUACGUUAGAGCAACACAACACUCAUGAGUCAUGACUUACGGAGUAUUAAUUGUACAAUCAUUCAUGUAUGAUAACUUAACUUUGGAAAUACGUUUAUUAAUAAUUUUUUGUUUUCCAUCACUGAUA